GACGACCUUCAACUGUACAGAACAUUAGCGUUUACCCAUUUCCCACUGUUUGCUACGCAAUGUAUUUGAAUGUUUUCCUUCUCUUCGAUUCCAAACAAGAAGGGGUUCAUUUUAGUCCUGGGGCUAAUGAAUGUUGAGUCCUGAAGAGCUAAAGAAGACGCUAAUUGGAAUUCUGUGAUGACUCUAAACCUAAGCUGAAAACUCCUAUUUAUAAACAGUAAAGCAUGUCGCUGCAAGGAAGGGAAGCAUGCUUCUUGCCUCUCGUUCUCGAUGAGUUGCCAGACAGUUUGAAAGAGAAAGCGAAGAUAGAGCUCUGUGAAACAGAAGAAGCAGUAAGAGAUGGAUUACAAAAGAUGAAAAAAUUAAUUAAAGAAAAAAGCGUCCUAACAUGUACUGAUGAUAAUUUCCUCAUGAUGUUCCUCCGCUCCAAGAAAUUUAACGUUUCGAAAGCAUUCGAGCAGCUAAAAAGCUAUUCAUACCAGAGACACGUUUGGAUGAAUUACUAUGGAUUCAUUUUCGCCGAUAAAGUUAUGCCAGCUAUAUACAACAAUAUCUGCGGAAUCUUGCCCAAGAGAGAUCAGGAAGGAAGGGCAAUUAUCUUCUUUAGAGCAUGUAAAUAUUCUCCAGAUAUCUGUGAACCAGAUAAUGUCUUACGGGCCUUGCAACUUCUUAUUCAUUUUGCGCUGAAGUUCCCGGCUACACAAGUGAGCGGUGUUGCUCUAAUAUCUGAUGCCAAAGUUGAAUCUCUCCAUACAUUGCAACUGGCGUUCCGGUACGUGAAGGUUUCUCUGCCAAGUUUGCAUGCACUUCCUGCGAGGUUUCAAAGCGUUAACAUCAUCAAUACGAAUGUGUUCGUACGUACAUGUUUUGCCAUCGUUCGCCAUCUAAUCCCUUCCAAAUUGGUCGGUAGAGUGACGUUUCAUGGCAGUAAUGAAAAUGCUCUAUUGGAGGAUUUCGAUGCAUCCUUAUUGCCGACAGAGUUUGGUGGAACUAUGGGAUCUCUCGAAAAUGUCCCCAAGGACUACUAUAUUAAGAAAGUGGAAGAAUUUAUACCUAUCCUGCAUGCAUCAAAUCAUUAUUUUAAGAGAAAAGAUACUGUUCCUUUUCCGGAUAGUUGAAAAAUUAUAAACUUUAUUCAUUAUUAUUAUUUUUUCUUUAUUUUUUAUUGUUGUUGUUUUUGUUUCCAUUCAUUCCUAUUGAAGAAAUGGUAUUUACUGCAUAGAAAUCUGUUAUUCUUUCAAGCUGUUUUCGAAAUUAAACUGAAAUGUCCUUGAAUCAUUGAAUUCAAAUUUAUUCUGCGUUUGACACUGCUAUGCUAAGUAAUUUAUUGUUAAUCAUUUUUAUUCAACUUCUAUUCAUUUGUAUAAAUGUCAUAUUAAUAGAAAUGGAAGUUUGUAACCGAUUUUCUUGUCAUUUUCUGAUUAUAUCAAAUUCUAUACAAUUUUAUGUUUCCCAUUAGUGUAAUUCGUUAAUCGUUUUAGAUAUUAUUUAUGAAUUGUAACGGCUUACUUUCAAUUGGAUUUUAGUGUCUUACAAGUGACGCCAUCUAGUAGUACGUUUGAGGAACUACUAGAACUACUGUGAUAUAACCAUUGCAAUAAUAAAAUAAUUAGUUUAUACGAUGCAAAUCUUUAAUUAUUCGUCAUUAUCUCCUGUUAUCAUAUUCAUAAAUUUUCUUCCUCAAUCAUUAUUUUUCCAUUUCUUUAAAGGAAAAAAAAACUAAAAUAGCAUAAGAAGUAGCAUCUUUACCCACCUAAUUAAUCCUAAUUGAAGUGAUGAUGAAGAGAAGAUUUAAGAAUACAGCAAAGUUAAUUCAUCUUUUUUUAAAGACGCAACAUACAUCACUAGAAAACAUUUUUAUAAAUUUUACUUUGCUUAAAAUACCUGCUAAUAUUCAUUGAAAACUUCUGUCGAAGAAAUAUCAUUUUCCCAUACAUUUUAGUUCCCCCCCCCUCGCCCCCCACAUACAAUUUGCAAUCUGACAUUUUUUGAUUUCAAUGCAGUUUCAUAAUGCAAUAUUUAUGUAUAUUUAUUUGUUAUAUUUAUACGAAACUUCAUUAAAAUCAAAUAAAAAAAAUUCUUCCAAAAAA